GAAAUGAAUAUGGGCGAUAGUGAAAUGAUUGUAUUUAAAGUUAGAAGCGUUUUUACAAACUGUCAAUGAAUAUAGAUGUCGCCGCUCAUCACAUGUCUAUGAAAACGUUUGGACAUAAUCUAUCAAAGACAAAGUUGUCAAUGUGCGCAGUUGUCAAACAAAUGUAAAUAUUAUAAACAAAUGUUUGGUUCAAGGUUUUUGUUAGCCCGGUUCAAAAAAAUAUGAAAAUGCGAUGGAAAUACAGACGAAGAGUCAUAAAGAAUGGCGGAAAAAUGCGAAGAAAUUUCAACGCAAAAGACGACGACGCUUGGCUGCGAUAAAACGUGAUGAAGCUCUAAAACAAAAUGAAGAGUCACCAACGUAUCAAACAAAAUUGGCUGAAGAACAUGCAUUGGAAUUGAUUCAAUUGCAAAAUAUUGAACGAAUAAAUGAGAUUGAACACGAGAAAUGGAUGAAGUCUGAAUGGCGAAUAGAAAAAGAGUGGCAGAUACAAAAAAGUAAACUAGAAGAGCAGGCCAGAAGAAAGGAAGAAGAACGACAGCGAAUACAAGCGGAAUUCGAAGCGGAACAAAAGCAAAUCGCAGAAGCCAAACAGGAGAAGGAGCAACGUAUUGAAGAAGAAAAACAACGACAAAUUGAUUUAGAAAUGAGAAUCCAAGCGUAUGUUGAGGGCGUAGGUGAUCAACCACCAGAAUUGCUAGUCAAUGCUGAAACGAAUCCAGGGAAAGAGCCGUGCCAAUAUUUCGCGAAGAUGGCAUCGUGUCGUUUCGGUAACAACUGCAUCUGGAACCACCAAAGAUCAAACAUAAGCAAAGUGUUGCACAUACAAUCAUUCUUCAGCAAUAUUCAUUUGGAGCAGAGCACAACCACCGAAUAUGGCAACGAUUUGACACUUGAAUAUGACGAGACUGAGCUCAAUGAGAAUUUUAGAGAAUUUUUCAUUGAUGUCGUCCAAGAGUUUGAGCAUUUUGGUUGUAUCAGAUAUUUUGUAGUGUCCACCAAUUACAAUCCACAUCUUCGAGGUCAAGUUUUUGUUGAAUAUACUUCAGAAAGAAAUGCCUUAAAGGCUCAGCGCAAAAUGAAUGGCAGAUAUUAUGCGGGCCGAAUGUUGAAUGUUGAAUUUUGUACGGUUUUAUGGGAGAAAGCCGUUUGUGGUUCAUGGUUGAAGGAUAGAUGUGUGAGAGGCCAAAAUUGUGGCUUUUAUCACAUUUUCAAGAAUCCUGAUGGUCGAUAUUCCAUCGAGGAAACGCUUUUGGAGCACAAGAAUGCAUUGAAAAGUCAACGGAAUGGAUCUGUUCGCAACGAAGAAAAAGACAAUUGGAACAACGGUGGUGAACACAGUAAGGCGAAUUGGAGAUGGUCUGAGAGCCCAAUCAGAGAAGUCAUUGUCAAAAACGUGACUCAACUCAAAACAGAACAGCGUCGAAGUCGAGCUAGGAGUCGCAGUAGAUCUUCAUCGCGUCAUAAGGGGAGGAAAAGAUCGAAACAUCGCGAUCGGAGUCGAAGUCAUUCAAAGAAAAGAAGCCGAAGAUAUUCUCGAAGUAGAGACAGGGAUGAAGAUAGACAAAGGGAUAGGGAUAGAAAUAGUAGACAUAAAAGUAAAAAGGAAAGGCGAAAAGACUGAAACUAUUUGCUGAAUGCUUGAAUUAUAAGAAAAAUAAUUCUUAGUAUUAAAAAUUAAAUAUUAUAUUUCAAAUCUCUUGAACGAUGGGUUUUCUCUGUUCAAGUGAGCAUCUCCGGUCCACGAUUCCUGUUUAUGUGGGUGAUUUCAUCUUUUUCCGCUUUUUUCUAUUGUUCCUUAUGUCAGAAAUGAUUGUGACCACCUAUUCUGUGUUUGUCCCAUCUCAAUUGAAUUUUCAAGUGAUUUGUUUCGAAUUUCUCAGGAAAGAAUUGUUUUCCAGCAGUCCCAUACACGAGUUAGUUGUAUGAAUUCUGCAGAUUCUAUUUUCUGUGGAGUCACUGUUUCUUGUUUGGUAUGAGAUUUGCUCGCCAUUUGCUAUAAAAUUGCACAAGGGUGCGAGAGGAAUAAAAAAUAGCCUUUAUGGCUAUCGUUUCAAGCA